CGGUUUUCGAUCGAUGACUAUAUCCGUUUCCUUUUACGCAUUUAUUUUGGGUCUUGGUAUCUGAGUGUUACGUAUUCCGGUUGAGUCAGCAGCGGGCAUCUAGUUAGUUGUUCGCAUUGUCAUGAGGGUCAGCCUGUGUUUAGGAGCUCAGCCGGUGUCAGCGGGAUUAUCAGUCUGGGCGUUUGACCUGCGCUUCACGCCUCCAGCGCGCUCCUAAUCACGCUCGCCAUUUUUCAGAAGAUGGGACAUCUCCGCAAAACAUGAUGGGGCUCCUUUACAUUUGCCUCGGCUUGGCUGCAGGGUUUCUACCUGCUUUUGGAGUGAAGGAUACACCGACUCUGGGCUCUAAAAAUACUCCCAGAUUUCUCAGUAAAGAAAUACUCAGAGCUGGGCUUCGGUAUGAAGUCAACCAGAUCCACAGCGUUUUCUCUUAUCAUGAAGACUCAGACGAGCUUUUUGUUGGUGGGACUGACUUCGUAUUAAAACUUGAUGUGAAUGACUGUCGCAUUAUUGAGAAAUAUUAUCUGAAUACGACAGGGCGGCAGCAGUGCCCAGAGGGUCUCUGUGAAAAUGUUAUCACCGUCAUUGAGACGUUUCAGGACAGUCUGUUUGUCUGCGGUACCAACGGAAACAAGCCACAGUGCUGGAAACUUUUUCCUUCAGUCAAGAAUCAGUCUCACGAAAUAGUGGAGAGCUACGAGGGGACAGGGAUCUCUCCGUUUGUCUACACUCAGAACUCCCUGUCACUGACUGUGGAUGGAGAUCUCUAUGCAGCAGCACCUUUGAAUUUUGAUGGGAGUUCAUUGCAGUUCAGAAGAAAAGCUGGCGGCAGAACAAACUGCUGGAUGUAUGACAACUGGGUGCUGGAGCCCACGUUCAUCUCUGCAUCCUGGGUAAAGCGGAAAGAUGACCCUGAAAAUGAAAAAAUAUAUCUCUUUUUCUGGGAAAAAAACUCCGAUCACAGCCCGGAAGCUGAUCCCUGGAUAUCUCGGGUUGCCAGAAUUUGUAAGGUAGAUGAAGGCGGAUCAAAAAGAUUCUUCCAGAACAUGUGGACAUCGUUUCUCAAGGCUCGGCUCGUCUGUGGCUUUCCAGAGGAGUCACUAUAUUUCAACCGUCUCCAAGACAUCUAUGUGAUGCACGCAGAAGACUGGCAUGACACAAGAGUCUAUGCACUUUUCACAAGUAGUUGGAACUCCACAGCUGUUUGCAUUUAUUCAAUAGAAAUGAUUGAACAGAUAUUUGAGAAUUCAACCUUCAGGGGUUAUAAAGAAGAGAUCCCCAUACCGAGGCCUGGAACGUGUGUCAAGAACAGUCGAAGCCUGCCGCCGUCUACUAUCAGUGUGGUAAAGGACCAUCCAGAAAUGACUGACUGGGUACACUCCCUUCAUUACACAGCUCCGUUUUACAUAAGUGGCAACAAUUACACAAAGAUCGCUGUCGAUCAAGUGCAAGCUGCAGAUCAGCAGACGUAUAACGUUCUGCUCCUGGCUACAGAUUCUGGGAAGAUCCAUAAAGUAUUAGAGGCUGGAUCGCAGCCUUUCAUCAUUUCUGAAACACAACUCUCUAACAACUCGACCGUACAAGCAAUGAAGCUUGAUUCUAAAAAGAAAAAGUUAAUUGUGGGAUUUUCGGAGAAAAUAUCAACGGUUGACCUCCAGAGAUGUGAAGAAUACAACAGCUCCUGCGCUGAUUGUGUCCUGGCACGAGAUCCAUACUGUGCCUGGACUGCUUCAGGAUGCACCCCCACUACCCGUGGAGGGAUUCAGAAUAUAGUGGAUGGAGGAAUAAGUGUGUGCAAUGAAGCAGUGAACGAACAAAUGCCUCUGAAACGAUACAAACGGGAAGAAAUAUCAGCGCGGCAUUUACGGCUAGUCCACUCCAUCCCCGGGGGCCUCCCUUUCUACAUGUCCUGCCCUAUAGACUCUUACCACGCUGUGUACACCUGGGAGCAUGAGGGGCACAGCAGCCCUUGCCUGCAGAUGCUCUCCAACUGUCUGCACUUUAUUCCCUCCAUGGAAAAACAAAACUAUGGAAACUAUAUCUGCAUCUCCAGAGAGAAAAACUAUACCAAAGUGGUGAAAGAAUAUCAGCUUAUGGAGCAGGUCAUUCCUGUUGAAAACGAAAACAGGAAAACAGUUGAUCCCAGCUUUUCCCAGAACAAAGCCUCAGGUCUUGUUCCAAAGAUGAUGUGGAUCACGCUACAGUUUGCAAUCGUGUUGGGAAGUUUAUCUGUGCGGAUAAUCAUCUAGACCUUCCUCAGCUUUUUCUCUGAGUAGUCAUAUUUCACAUACUAGCUGUCGAGACACUGAAUUUGUCGUUGCUCAGUCAGGAUGCACCUCAAGAGGAAGCCCCCUCAAAAUCUGAGAAACAGCUUAAGUCCCCCUGCAGGGGACGUAUUUCUGCACGUGAGACUGUGAGCUGUGCUUGGUGGGAAAGGCCCCCAAAACAACCUCAACUGCUUAGAAUAUUUUUUUAAAAACAGAUUCUAGAACAGGAAGAGUUGUUUGAGGGGUAAAAGCAGGAAACCUGAUCUCCAGCGGAGCGCUGAGGUCUGUCAUUAAGGCCUAAUUUCCUGAAAUGCAUUAGCUAAUCAUUAUAGAAAGAAAUGACAUAAUCAUUCAUAACAUUACAUUCUUUUCUGCGGAGAAUGACAGAAGAGGAAGGCGGUGAAAUUCUUUUGCGAUGAACAUCCUGGGAACACCCGCAGAAUGUUUUCAUAAUGAACAUGAAAGCUAAGAGAGAUGUUUGAAAAAUUUAUAAUUUCUAAAAUUUAUCAGCAGAGUAAAUUGCAUCUUGAUAUGCAUUAAUAAAACAAAAUGUACACAAAAGAUAUGUUAGCACCAGAUUACUGCUUGCAUAUCUGUUAUUGAAAUUUAGUUUGACUAGUUGGAUGUUUGGAUUGGCUGAAACAAAACACUGAGCUGUGAGAAGGCUGGGCUGGAAUCCUCUCCAGUGGUGAGAUGUGGAACACACCCUGGACUAGCCACUUGCUCAAGAAAAGCAAAAUACCCUUUAAAAAUCACACUGUAGUUACACCAAGCAAAAAAAACUUGAGCAUUAUCAGAUUAACUUUUGUGCCUUUAAACGCCAUAGUUAAGAUAGCAUUUGACACCUCUUUUCCUAUCAGAUGUUUAUUAUUUGAUUUAAACAUGUUUAAUAUUGGGAGGCACGGUGGUGUGGAGGUUAGCACCAUCGCCUGGGUUCGAUUCCCCGGGGGAACCAGGACCCUUCUGUGUGGAGUUUUCAUGUUCUCCCUGUGUUUAAAUGGGUUCUCCAAAAACCUGCAUGUUAGGUUGAUUGGACAAAUUACUCUUAGGAGUGAGUGUGUUUGGUUGUGUGGCCCUGCGAUGGACUGUGCCUCUUGGCUCUGAUUUUUCCAAAAAGGGGUCACGGGGGGACUGGAACCUAUCCCAGUAUUCAAUGGGCAAGAGG